UUGCUCAAUAUGUCCAGCAAUGUGUAGCAAUAUUGCACACUACCCGUUCUUGCGCCGUGUGAGGGCUCUUUUCGAGAUCUUGCGACGACUUGAGGCAAUGUUGCUGGGAAUAGAGCAUGGUCCUAUUAUCCAGCAAGUUUAUAGUACAUGAAAAAACACAUGUUCGCAUAUGUCAAGUUCAGUCGAUCCCAAUUUCAUUCCAGAUAAAAGAGGUGAAUUAUGCCUGGUCAGUGGUCAACCGAGGAGAUAAAGCAGUUGAUUUGUGAGGUGGAGGAACGACCGACACUGUGGAAUGUAUUGGUAGACGAAUAUAGAGACCGGGUGAAAAAAUCUGACUCGUGGAAACAAGUGGCGGAAGCUUUAAACAAGGAACAAUGCGAGGUGGAAAAGAAGUUCCACACGCUGAGGACUCAGUAUGCCGCUGAGGUUAAGGCCGAAGAAAAAAGGAAGUCCGGGUCCGAGGGUGUUGUAAAGAAGAGUAAGUGGCAGUACAUGGAGGCGUUGUCGUUUCUCGGCGCGGGGAUGAAAAAACGGCAAGGAUCUUCCUCAGAGGUAGGUCCACUUUACGCAUGUUGAUACUGCCAGGACACUUCACCAACAGGAGUCAUGAAAUACUCUCCAAACUCGCGUUGAAUCUCUCUCGCGGA